AUGACGAACCCCGCCAGAUGCGCCAAGGGCGGCGCUCCGCCCCGCCGAGCCGAUGCCGAGACCAACGCCGAAGACUGUGUACGCACCCGGUGGCUUGUGGUGGCGCAAAAGUAUAGAGUUGGUGGUGAGUUGCUCUCCAUUUGUUUGUGCUGCUGGCACUGA